AGCCAGCCGCUCGCGAGUGCGGAGUGCGCGUGCGCGACGGUCGGAUCGCUGACGCAGGGAGUACGUCAGCUGUUUUGUUAAGGCUCUCGGCAGAGGUGCGUGCGUGUUCCCGUCCGUCGUCAUCGGGAAUGGUGUUGCAUUGUUGACUCGGAGGGGCAUCUCUCUCUCGUAGCCGUUACACCGUCAUAGCAAUCUCGCGUUCCUUUGUUCAUCGCGUACGCGCCCAGAGAAGGCAGAGAAACGGAGUGUGAGGGAGAGCGCGAGAGUAGGAGGAAGAGGGAGAGAGAGAGAGAGAGAGAGGAAAAGAGACAUAGAUCGGGAGAGAGAGAGAGAGAGGGAGAGAACGCGGUGGCCUGGCGCUUCGCUCACGGGCGGUCUCCACGAGCGAACCCUCGCGCGAUACCCGAGUCGCAUCGUGUUCGCGUCGUGAAUCCGCGCUCCUCGUCGUCGUCGUAGCUCGCCUCUCGGACUUCUCGCUCGCUCUUCGCCGAAAUCCUCCCUCCCUCAUUAUCCGCAGCGUGCUGCGUCGUGGUGCUCCGCGCAAAAAAGGACGCGUCCGACACGUCGUCGUCGUUCGGCCGUUCGUUAAGCGGCGGCCACACUCGACGGGCGAGAGCGCGAGUCCCUCUCGGUCGUUCACGGACUCGUCGUCGCGCGCUGUUGGUGCUGAACAAGCGGAAGAGGAGAGAAGUUGGAUAUUAUGGCACAGCCGACGAGCAGCGCUUUACGGGCGCUAGCCUUGGAGUACAAGAGCCUGCAGGAGGAGCCCGUCGAGGGUUUCCGCGUCAAACUCGUCAACGAGGACAACAUGUUCGAGUGGGAAGUCGCGAUCUUCGGUCCGCCUGACACGCUCUAUCAGGGCGGUUAUUUCAAGGCACACAUGAAGUUCCCGCCGGAUUAUCCGUACAGUCCACCAAGCAUUCGUUUCAUGACAAAAGUUUGGCACCCGAAUGUAUAUGAGAACGGCGACCUGUGUAUAUCAAUUCUGCAUCCGCCCGUAGACGACCCACAGAGUGGCGAGCUACCCUGCGAGAGGUGGAAUCCAACGCAAAAUGUCAGAACUAUCCUCUUAUCAGUAAUCUCGUUGUUGAACGAGCCCAACACAUACAGCCCUGCCAAUGUCGACGCCUCGGUGAUGUACAGACGCUGGCGCGACUCCAAAGGCAGAGACAAAGAAUAUGAAAAUAUCAUAAGGAAACAAGCCCAAGCUGCCAAGAUGGAAGCCGAAAAGGAGGGUAUCGUCGUGCCCGUAACAUUGGAGGAUUACUGCAUAAAGACUCGGGCUAGGCCGGCCGAACAGCAGCUAGACAUGACGGACUUUUACGACGACGAGUACGAGUUGGACGACGACGAGGAUGAGCAACUGAGCGCGACCGAUUACGAGGACGGCGAUGACAGUGGCAACGGAGAAUCGUGAUCCAUUUCUUAGAUGAUAAUGCAUAAAAAGAAACUCGAGACGCUAAAUAUUAUCAGUUCUGUAUAGAUUAAUAAAUUAAUGAGCUUCUAAACCGGACGCUCUCUUUCUCUCUCUCUCUCUCUCUUUCUCUCUCUCUCUUUCUUCUUUCCGUCUCUUCGGACGUGCUGCCGAAAAUUCAAGUGAGCGUUUCUUUGCUCGAAGAGCAGCCGAUACGUCGCGAAAAAUCCGCGUAAAAUCGCGUACAUCUGCAGAAGCCAUCGUCAAUUAACACGCGCGCUUCUACCUGAAUCAAUCGCGGUUAUCUGUCACAGUCACGUGUUUCUUUUUCAUUUAAGAAAGCGAAUACGAGGAAGCGUUCUUUUUUUACUCGUCAUCCGUGAGUCUACGUAGCGCAUCACGUGCUUUCCGCAAUCUGCGACAUUGAUUGCGCGAAGUGGUGAAAACUGUCGUUCGCUCGGCGACGCGUUGCGACGCGAAAGACGAGAAAUCAACGCGGUUUUCUUUUCUUUUUCUUUUUUUUUUUUUAAUAGGGAAACUCGAGCACCGUCGUCCAACGACGGACACUACGAGCGCGUUAACGUUCAUCAUUGUAUGAAACUAUCGAGAAUUCCGUGUUUACAAGCUCUUUAACUUAAGCAAUAUGCUACGGUAUGCGUAUAAAAGUACCUUUCGAUAGGGAGCACUGUGCUUGUUGUGUUGUGGCUGGCACCUCGAUCUUUCAAAUCAGGACCAAUUGAUUUACCUAGCAGGGACUAACGUUCGAUAAAGACGAUCAUAAUGUAAGUAAAAACACGAUGAUUGACUUUGUAUUGGGCAUCUAGUUUCACGCCAUGUUCAAAAAGCUGUGAGUGUACGUGGGGUACGUCAAUUGAUCCUAAAAACGUAAUAUACCUACUACUAUUGAAAUUUGCAUUGAAAAUAACCGAAAUUCGCGUUGUUUUGUUUCAUUAAUUAUUUAUGUUGUAACAUCGAAGCGCAAUUGGGCGAGAAUUCGAAAACGUAGAAAUAAGAGGCAAAAAAAAAGGAAACACGAGCUGCCGAAGAAGACCCGCUCGAAAGAGAAGGAGGGAAAAAGAUGACGAAUCGUUUCAUCAUGCGCAGAAAUACGAUCCAUCCAUAUCAGUGUAGCAAAUUGUAAUUACUUAUCUUACGUGCAUGGAUAAUGCCGCGUACCGUAUCGGUAUCCUUCCUCGCCUCGUUUUGCGUCCGAGUUAGAAGCGAGAAAUCAGCGCGAUCAAAUGUUGAUUAUUGCUUCUCGCGGGUCUUCAACGGCGGGCGUUAAUCAUAGUUUCUAGAGUUAGACACAUAUGUAACUUUUGCUACAAAUACCUUAAUUUUCACCGUUAACAGCAAACUAAGUUUUCUUUUUUUCUGAGAGGAACAACGGUCGUGUGAAAAAACUUGUACGCGCAUAAUGUUACAGCCACAAAGUUAGUUUAGCUUAUAACUCUUUCGUUAAGAUCUCGUAUACUUAAGUAUUACCUUUCACGAGGGAAUGUAAAGCUUCCCCAGAGAGAAAUAUGGUAUAUAUAUUGGUUAAGCGUAAAAAGUAAAAGUGAUUACUUAAAAAGUGAAAAGUAUAUCCGGAGAUACAGCUAAUCGACUCUGUGGUAGUGUAUCUGUGCUCGUAUGACUGAAAUUGUAAAUAGUAAAACGAAACUCAAUUUUAAAGACACACGAAAUAUAUAAGUGCGUAUUCCUCUACUUAUUUCUUUAUUAGCCAUUUCAUCGAGAGACCAAAAUUGGGCGUUGAAAGUGUUAAACGGUAAAAUAAAGGGCGAGAGAACAUUUAAAUUCCGCAAUAGUAUCUAAAGAAAAAAAAAAAAA